GCUGCCGAGGCGGGAGUCUGUGAGUGCGCCCCGUUACAGGGUCGCUUGGCCUGUGCUUGGUUCCCGGCGGCCUUCCCCGGAGGUUCCGGCUUCGCUCUUGCUCGGCAUUGGGGAAGGAAGCGGGUGUGGAAGGGUUCGGGCUAGAGUCCUCCCCCUGACGCACGCGUGCUAGUCCCGCGCUUGGUCGCCCCGCUUUGGCCUCGGUGGGCCGCAGGCUCAGGUCCCUGGGGUUGCGAUCUGAAACGUUUGCAAACAUGUCCCGGAUCGAAAAGAUGAGCAUUUUGGGCGUGCGAAGUUUUGGAAUAGAGGACAAAGAUAAGCAAAUUAUCACUUUCUUCACGCCCCUCACAAUUUUGGUUGGACCCAAUGGGGCGGGGAAGACGACCAUCAUUGAAUGUCUAAAAUAUAUUUGUACUGGAGAUUUCCCUCCUGGAACCAAAGGAAAUACAUUUGUUCAUGACCCCAAGGUUGCUCAAGAAACAGAUGUGAGAGCCCAGAUCCGUCUACAGUUUCGUGAUGUCAAUGGAGAACUUGUAGCUGUGCAGCGAUCCAUGGUGUGUAGUCAGAAAAGCAAAAAGACGGAAUUUAAAACCCUGGAAGGAGUCAUUACUAGAACAAAGCAUGGUGAAAAGGUCAGUCUCAGCUCCAAAUGUGCAGAAAUUGAUCGAGAAAUGAUAAGUUCUCUUGGGGUUUCCAAAUCUGUGCUAAAUAAUGUCAUUUUCUGUCACCAAGAAGAUUCUAAUUGGCCUUUAAGUGAAGGAAAGGCUCUGAAGCAAAAGUUUGAUGAGAUUUUCUCAGCCACAAGGUAUAUAAAAGCCUUAGAGACACUCCGUCAAGUACGGCAGACACAAGGUCAGAAAGUAAAAGAAUGUCAAACAGAAUUGAAAUACCUGAAACAAAAUAAGGAAAAAGCUUGUGAGAUUCGUGAUCAGAUUACUAGUAAAGAAGCCCAGUUAAUAUCUUCAAAGGAAAUUGUCAAAUCCUAUGAGAACGAACUUGAACCAUUAAAGAAUCAUCUAAAAGAAAUUGAACACAAUCUCUCUAAAAUAAUGAGACUUGACAAUGAAAUUAAAGCCUUGGAUAGCCGAAAAAAGCAAAUGGAGAAAGAUAACAGUGAACUGGAACAGAAAAUGGAAAAGGUUUUUCAAGGGACUGAUGAGCAACUAAAUGACUUGUAUCACAAUCACCAGAGAACAGUAAGGGAGAAAGAAAGGAGAUUAGUGGACUGUCAGCGUGAACUAGAAAAAUUAAAUAAAGAAUCUAGACUUCUUAAUCAAGAAAAAUCAGAACUACUUGUUGAACAGGGUCGACUACAGCUACAGGCAGAUCGCCAUCAAGAACAUAUCCGAGCUAGAGAUUCAUUAAUUCAGUCUUUGGCAGCACAGCUAGAAUUGGAUGGUUUUGAGCGUGGACCAUUCAGUGAAAGACAGAUUAAAAAUUUUCACAAGCUUGUUAGAGAGAGACAAGAACGAGAGACAGAAACUGUCAGUCAUCUGAGGAAUGACUUUGCAGAAAAAGAAACUCUGAAACAAAAACAGAUAGAUGAAAUAAGGGAUAAGAAAACUGGACUGGGAAGAAUAAUUGAGCUAAAAUCAGAAAUCCUAAAUAAGAAGCAGAAUGAGCUGAAAAAUGUGAAGUAUGAAUUACAGCAGUUGGAAGGAUCUUCAGACAGAAUUCUUGAACUGGACCGGGAGCUCACAAAAGCUGAACGUGAGCUAAGCAAGGCUGAGGAAAACAGCAAUGUAGAAACCCUAAAAACAGAAGUAACACGCCUUCAAAAUGAGAAGGCAGACCUAGACAGGACCUUGCGGAAACUGGACCAGGAGAUGGAGCAGUUAAAUCAUCAUACGACAACCCGCACCCAGAUGGAAAUGCUGACCAGAGACAAAGCUGACAAAGAUGAACAAAUCAGAAAAAUAAAAUCUAGGCACAGUGAUGAACUAACUUCACUGCUGGGAUAUUUUCCCAACAAGAAACAACUUGAAGACUGGCUUCAUAGUAAAUCAAAAGAAAUUAAUCAGACCAGGGACAGACUUGCCAAAUUGAACAAGGAACUAGCUUCUGCUGAGCAAAACAAAAAUCAUAUAAAUAAUGAGUUAAAAAGAAAGGAAGAGCAGUUGUCCAGUUACGAAGACAAGCUGUUUGAUGUUUGUGGUAGCCAGGAUUUUGAAAGUGAUUUAGACAGGCUUAAAGAGGAAAUUGAAAAAUCCUCAAAACAGCGAGCUAUGCUGGCUGGAGCCACGGCAGUUUACUCCCAGUUCAUUACUCAGCUAACAGAUGAAGACCAGUCCUGUUGCCCUGUCUGUCAGAGAGUUUUUCAGACAGAGGCUGAACUACAAGAAGUCAUCAGUGAUUUGCAGUCUAAGCUGAGGCUUGCUCCAGAUAAACUCAAGUCAACAGAAUCAGAGCUAAAGAAAAAAGAAAGGCGGCGUGAUGAAAUGCUGGGGCUUGUGCCCAUGAGGCAAAGUAUAAUUGAUUUGAAGGAGAAAGAAAUACCAGAAUUAAGAAACAAACUGCAGAAUGUCAAUAGAGACAUACAACGCCUAAAGAAUGACAUAGAAGAACAGGAAACCCUCUUAGGUACAAUAAUACCCGAAGAAGAAAGUGCUAAAGUAUGUCUGACAGAUGUUACAAUUAUGGAGAGGUUCCAGAUGGAACUUAAAGAUGUUGAAAGAAAAAUUGCACAACAAGCAGCUAAACUACAAGGAAUAGACUUGGACCGAACUGUUCAACAAGUUAAUCAGGAAAAACAAGAAAAACAACACAAAUUAGAUACAGUUUCUAGUAAGAUUGAAUUGAAUCGUAAGCUUAUUCAGGACCAGCAGGAACAAAUUCAACACCUAAAAAGUACAACAAAUGAACUUAAAUCAGAGAAACUUCAGAUAUCCACUAAUUUGCAACGUCGUCAGCAACUGGAGGAGCAGACUGUGGAAUUAUCUACUGAAGUUCAAUCUUUAUACAGAGAAAUAAAGGAUGCUAAAGAGCAGGUAAGCCCUUUGGAAACAACAUUGGAAAAGUUUCAACGAAAAGAAGAAAUAAUCAACAGAAAACAAACAAGCAUCAAAAUAGCAGAGGAUAAACUACAUGAUGUCAACGAGAAGGUUAAAAAUAUUCAUGGUUAUAUGAAAGACAUUGAGAAUUAUAUUCAAGAUGGAAAAGAUGACUAUAAGAAGCAAAAAGAAACUGAACUUAAUAAAGUGGUAGAUCAAAUAAAUGAAUGUGACAAACACAAAGAAAAGAUAAGUAAAGAAAUGGGAAUCAUGAGACAAGAUAUUGAUACACAGAAGAUACAAGAAAGGUGGCUACAGGAUAACCUUACUUUAAGAAAAAGACAUGAGGAACUAAAAGAGGUUGAAGAAGAAAGAAAACAGCACUUAAAGGAAAUGGGUCAAAUGCAGGUUUUGCAAAUGAAAAAUGAACAUCAGAAGUUGGAAGAGAACAUAGACAAUAUAAAAAGAAAUCACCAUUUGGCAUUAGGGCGACAGAAAGGUUAUGAGGAAGAGAUUAUUCACUUUAAGAAAGAACUUCGAGACCCUCAGUUUCGGGAUGCUGAGGAAAAGUAUAGAGAAAUGAUGAUUGUCAUGAGAACAACAGAGCUUGUGAACAAGGAUUUGGACGUUUAUUAUAAGACCCUUGACCAAGCAAUAAUGAAAUUUCACAGUAUGAAAAUGGAAGAAAUCAAUAAAAUUAUUCGUGAUCUUUGGCGAAGCACCUAUCGAGGACAAGACAUUGAAUACAUAGAAAUUCGGUCUGAUGCCGAUGAAAAUGUAUCAGCUUCUGAUAAAAGGAGGAAUUAUAACUACCGAGUGGUGAUGCUAAAGGGAGACACAGCCUUGGAUAUGCGAGGACGGUGCAGUGCUGGACAAAAGGUGUUGGCCUCACUCAUCAUCCGCCUGGCACUUGCUGAAACAUUCUGCCUGAACUGUGGCAUCCUUGCCUUGGAUGAACCAACUACAAACCUUGAUCGAGAAAAUAUUGAAUCUCUUGCACAUGCUCUGGUUGAGAUAAUAAAAAGUCGCUCACAGCAGCGAAACUUCCAGCUUCUGGUGAUAACUCAUGAUGAAGAUUUUGUGGAGCUCUUAGGACGUUCUGAGUAUGUGGAGAAAUUCUAUAGGAUUAAGAAGAACAUUGAUCAGUGCUCAGAGAUUGUGACAAGCAGUAUUAACUCUCUGGGAUCUUAUGUUCAUUAACCACUUGCUUUUGGUACCAAAUGAACCAUUAAGAAAAUCCAUUCUGUAAAAGGAGCCUCAUGUCAAGAAUAUGGAACAUUUGAGAAGUUCUAAGCUCAAGAAAGUUGUUUCCCAUGAAAUCUAGACUGAUUUCCCUCAACACUGUCCCGCUGGCAGCCUCCAACAGGCUGUGAAUCUCAACAGCCUUACAACUGGACUCAGCCUCUUGCUCCCUUCCCUGGGAUGAAUGGAACAACUCCCCAGAACAUCACUGCUUUGAUAAUUUAUGGCUUGUGUAUUUAAAAACUCAAUGUUAAAUCUUUUCUCUGAAAUUUACUUCCUCACAUGUGUUUCAAAAGAGCUGAGUUUUCAGUGGGUGUUGAUAUCUGAAGAUGGCUAGAAAUGAUGAGUUUUUAAUAGUUGACUUUGCUUUAACUUUAUAAGUCCAUGCAAGUGACUUUUCUGUCGGGGUCUUGGUUUCCCCAAGUAAAAUUUAAUGUAGUUGAGGGGCGGGGGGUGGCUCACAGUUUGAUAGGAACCUUAAAUGAAUACCCACCCUCUUCCCUCUCCUAUGCAUCCCUGCCAGAUAGUCAUCCAGACUCAGGGGAAAAGAAAAGCAUUUCUCCCCUCUGUGGCCUCUGUCCAUCAUGCAGAAGCCUGUCACUCUCCUGUGUCAGUCUUGGUAUCAGCUCAGCCUCACUAUCAGUCCCAGUAGCUUUCCACAGACAGGUUCCAUUGUGGGAGGCAAGCCAGGUCACCCGCAGAGCCAAGGCCUGCUCAGUGGCUCCAAAAACCAGACCGACAGGAGCAAGUCUCUUGUUUUCACUUCAGAUGCCAAUUCUGAUAAAACCCAGUACAUUUUUUUCCUGGAAUCAUCAGCUAACAUCUUGAAGCCUUUUAUAAGCAUUCUAUACAGGAUGUAUGAAAGUCAUAUACCUUCAAAUUCCAUUUGGUAGUUUUGUCAUUCAGAGUCAGUCAGGACCCUAUUGGGGUCACAGUUUUGUACCAUCUGCAGAUCCGAUGACCACAUGAUCUAGAUAGCCUUUCUCAACCAGGAUCUAGAAGAGGAUUAAGCCCUAGAUAUCUGUGUGUGGCUAAAUAGUGGUCUCCAAAGAUAACCAGGUCCUCAUUCCUAAAGCCUGUUACUUACCUUAUAUGGCAAAGAGGACUUUGCAGAAGUGAUUAAAGCUAAAGAUUUUGAGGUAGGAAGAUUAUCGUAGAGGGUCCUAAAUACAAUCGUGUGUCCCAGUAAGAGGUGGCAGAGGAGCCAAGCGUGGUGGUAGCUACUGGAGAGUUAGAAGCAGGUAGAUCAAGAGUUCAAGGCAAGCCUGGGAAAAGUUAGGGAGACUUAUCUCAAAAACAAAAUACAAACAAAAGGGCUGGGGUAUGAGUCAAGUGGUAGAGUGCUCACUCCUUGCCUUGUAUGUGCAAGGUGUUGGGUUCGAUCCCUAGCACCAGGGAGGGAGAUGGAACAACUAGAGAGGAGAAGGGUGUGUGGUGGUGCAUGCAGACUGGAAUGAUGCACUUAGA